AAAAAAAUAUUUAAGAAAAAAAUUUAGUGUGUUGUUUGAACAAGAAGCAAAAAUAAAAUCAAAAAAUUAAAUAUUUCGGCUUGAGAAAAAAACAAAAACACAAACCAUGAGGACUAAAGAAUAUUUAACUAUUUCACGGAUUAAAAUGUAAAAAAAAAGAAAUACAAAUCUUAUAUGUAGAGUGCGUAUAUAUAUAUAUAUAUUGCAGAUGCAUUUUGUACUUGGAGCAGUCGUUUCGGAAUAAUUUUCUAUCAACUGCUUAAACGGGGUUCGAUUCGAAGUGGAUUCGCAAGAAGAUAGAAGAUCAAACUUUUUAGGCGGAAAUUUUUUGUUUUCGUUUGAACAUCAUUGGAUUUUGUGAAUGGAAAUUUUGACCACAGAACCACAAAUAAAAGCAAAUAAAACAAAAAAAUGCUUAAAUAUUAUAAAACAAAAAAUAAAAAUGAAAAAUUAUAUAAACAUAUGCACUACCAAAUCAGAAACAAAUUCAGCAACAACACAAUGAUCACGUAGAAUCUAAAAGAAUUAAAAAUAAUAAAAAUAAAAACUAAAACUUAAACUAAAAGAAAAAAAAAAUCUUUUUUGAAACAUAAUUAUCUAUUAAUUGUUGUACACCGUUAUAUACAUACAAAACAAACAAACAAACAAAAAGAGAAAAAAAUAUAAUUUCUAUUUCAAAUGACACAUUACAGAGUGAUAAUCCUUUCUUAUAAGAAAAUUAAAAAUAAAUCUUGCUAAAAAAAAAAUAACAACAACAACAAAAUCUAGCAAGAAAAUUGAGUGAAGAAAAAUAAAGGACGAAAAAAUAGAACCGAACAAAAAAUCAGAAAGAAGAAGAGGAGGAGUAAUAAAUUCAAAAUUAUCGGGAACAAAUUGCGAUGGCGAUAAAUUUUCCCGCAUCAUUUGCGGCGUGCAUAGCGGCUGGUCUAAAAGUGCCACGACAAAUAAUGUACUGCAUAUCGCAAGACACAGGUCAGCCGUACGUUCUGUACAAAGAUUCACAGGAAGCUGCCGAGCGAAAUGCGGCAGCUUUGGGUGGUACAGCAGCACAAUGGGGAACGGACAUGUAUCCAGCAAUUCAGCAAAACACACAAACGCAUCUGGCAGCGCAGAAUGCUCAAAAUUCUUCACCGCAGAUUGCCGCAGCGGCAGCAACUGCAGCCGCUGUCGCUGCUCAACAGCAGCAGCAGCAACAGCAACAACAACAACAGCCGCACAGUCCAUCGGGCGAGGUGGACCAGACGCGGGAUAAUAGUGCGAAUGUGCGUCAGCAGCAGCAACAGGGUUCGCCGUCGACGAGUCCGUACCCGAACCGAGCGAAUGGUGGUGGUGGAGAGGAAGAUGUGGCAAUGAGUCAGGUGAGGAUUGAGGUGGCUGGAAUGCAACAGCAGCAAAAUGCCGCACAACAACAAAACCCAAACCAAAGUACCAACGAUCCACAACCGAUUUCGGUCGAUCCGGCGUCAAAUAACCAAGCACAGCAAAGCAAUGACCAAACCUUUAACCCGCCACAAGGAGCCGAACUCGGCUACUAUGCGCCGCGCCAUCCGGGUGGCCCUCAAGGUGCAAUGCUAGCGCCCCCAGGCUUCCCGCCACUGCAUUAUCUCAACAAACCAGUUUUGCCCGGCAUGGCUGGAUCGAUGGAUCAAAAUGGCGGCCUUGAAGCAUACGCAAUGCCUGAUCUCCUACCUGGCGGCGGUGCUGCCAAUGCCGGCAACGGCGCACACGGUGGCAUGCAUCAAAACGUCAAUGCCACCCCGACGGCGAAUUCGCAAAAAAUAAAGCCACACAGUGAUCUGCGUUUGUUCAAAUGUACAACCUGCGGCAAGGACUUCAAGCAAAAAUCAACGCUCUUGCAACACGAACGCAUACACACCGAUGCCCGGCCGUAUCCAUGCACCGAAUGUGGCAAACGAUUCCGUCAACAGUCACACCUCACUCAGCACCUGCGCAUCCAUGCGAACGAGAAACCAUUUUCAUGUGCGUAUUGUCCACGCAGUUUCCGGCAACGGGCGAUCCUCAAUCAGCACAUUCGCAUCCAUUCGGAUUUGCAGAACGAUCGCACACACAACGAUGGCCGGCCUUUUCCAUGCACCGAAUGUGGCAAACGAUUCCGUCAACAGUCACACCUCAUUCAGCACCUGCGCAUCCAUGCAAACGAGAAACCAUUUUCAUGCCCGUAUUGUCCACACAGUUUCCGGCAACGGGCGAACCUCAAUCAGCACAUUCGCAUCCAUUCGGGUGAUGGCACACUCAACGAUGGCCGACCGUAUCCAUGCACCGAAUGUGGCAAACGAUUCCGUCAACAGUCAACUCUCAUUCAGCACCGGCGCAUCCAUGCGAACGAGAAACCAUUUGCAUGUGCGUAUUGUCCACGCAGUUUCCGGCAACGGGCGAUCCUUAAUCAGCACAUUCGCAUCCAUUUGGGUGAGAAGCCCUACACAUGCCCAGAGUGUGGCAAGCACUUUCGCCAGAAGGCCAUCCUCAAUCAGCAUGUGCGCACCCACCAAGAUGUCUCUCCACAUCUCAUCUUCAAAAAUGGACCUCAUCCAACAUUAUGGCCACAAGAUGUACCCUUUCCCGGUGAUGAGACUGAUACAAAGAAUGACAUUACUGGUUAUAAUGAUGAUGGUUCACAAGGUACACCCGAGUCACGAGCGUGUUUCUCUCCCGAUGGCAAUGGUGGCAUGCAUUAUCCCUCAUACUUCAAAGAUGGCAAAGGGCAAAAAUUGCUGCCCGAUCUUAUACAACAUGGUCGUGCAGUUGGUAUGCCACUUUAUGUGAGAUGUCCUAUUUGUGACAAGGAGUUCAAGCAGAAGACAACAUUGCUACAACAUGGUUGUAUACACAUCGAGUCAAGACCGUAUCCUUGUCCGGAAUGUGGCAAGCGAUUCCGUCAGCAAUCACACCUGACACAGCAUUUGCGAAUACAUACGAAUGAGAAGCCAUUUGGUUGUUUGUAUUGUCCGCGAUUCUUCCGGCAGAGGACUAUUUUGAAUCAGCACAUUCGAAUUCAUACUGGUGAGAAACCGUACAAAUGUGCACAAUGCGGCAAAGAUUUCCGACAGAAGGCGAUACUGGAUCAACACACAAGGACUCACCAGGUAGGUGAUCGACCAUUCUGUUGUCCAAUGCCCAACUGCCGGCGACGUUUUGCCAGCGAAGCAGAAGUCAAAAAACACAUCGACAACCACAUGAAUCCACAUUCAUCGAAGGCCCGUCGUCAAGUCAAUCACAAUAUGUCGAACGACACCAAAAAUGCGGCAGCAACUGCCGCUCAAUUCCUCACAAAUAUGGAUAGCAAAGCCAACAUAAUACCACGCAUGGGUCCGGUCAAACACGAACUCUACUUCCCACAAUGCUACGGAUCACCGUUCAAUCAGUCAUUCGGUGCCCAACAACAAGGUCAAGUGCAACCCGGUCAACCCGGUCAACAGCAGCCAGUUCAACAACAGCAACAACAACAACAAAAACCUGGCCAACAACCGAAUGCCGUACACAAUGGCAAUCCGGCGCCACCAAACGGUGCCACUGGCGGUGGUGCUGUAGUAACGGUAGCAAAUUCCAUUGCUCCUGGGGUAGUGCAACAAAAUACAACAACAGCUGUUGCCCAGUGACAU